CGUCCCGAUCCCCCGUGGCUUGCCCGGCCGCCACCCUGUACCCUGACAACCAUGUCGGGGGCCUCGGCGCGCCCUGCGAUGCGGCGGCCGCGUCGCCAGCGCCCCCAGCCGGCCACUCCGCCGGACCGGCCUGGUGGACCAUGAUGAACGGGGUCGGCGGCGCGCUCUACGAGGAGGCGCACGCGUCGCCACCCGGCGGCAGCCCGCCGGCCGCGCCAGCUGCCGCGCCGCCGUCCGCCUCCAGCGCCUCGCCGGCGUCCGUGGGCUCCAACCCACCGCAACCCCCGCUGCACAUCCCGGCCAAGCGCUACGAGCCGGAGCCUGGCGUCAUCCGCCACGCACAGCAACCCUGGGGUUAUCCUCACGAUGCACCCGGCUCAUUCGAGCACCAGUACUCAGCGGGCCCUACGUACUACAACCUGCCUGGUGAAAGGGAGCGCAAAUCGUCGCUGCCUUUCUGGCCCACCAGCAGCAGCGAUUUUAAGCCCUACCCUGACGGUGGCUGCCAGAGCUUCGCUCAGCCUUGCUGGAACUAUCCCUACGGACCUCCGCGCGGCGAGCAGCCCCUGUCGUACGCGGGAGGCGACGAGCGCAGGACGGCGGUCUCCGAAGCGUCCAGCUUCUCUCAUCCCGAUGCAUAUGGUCUCCGGAACUACGGGACCGAGUCGGUGUCCAACGCGCCGUACCCACCGCCAGGCUCCCUACCCGGAUCGCUGUCGAUGCCGGUGGGCGUUGGCGUCGGCUGUGGGUCUUCCAACCCAAUGGACUGGACUGGCCAGGUCAGCGUGCGUAAAAAACGCAAGCCCUACUCAAAAUUCCAGACUCUCGAACUAGAGAAGGAGUUCCUCUUCAAUGCUUACGUUUCGAAGCAGAAGAGAUGGGAGCUGGCGCGAAACCUGAACCUCACGGAGAGGCAGGUGAAGAUAUGGUUUCAGAACCGACGGAUGAAGAACAAGAAGAACUCGCAGCGGCAGGCGGCGCAGGCGGCACAGAACAACAACAACAACUCUAACGCCAACAACCACAACCACCACGGCGGGCACCACCACGCACCGCACCACGUGGCGCUGCACCACGCGCCGCCGCCUAAGCACCAUCAGUGACCCGCGCCUUUCUCUGGGACUUACCCCCUUCACCACGGUAUAGCAAGCUAAACAGCCGGGAAGGAAGAGUUCCAUAGGACUAAAGUGUGGAAUGUGGUCGUACUUAAGGAGGAGGACUAUGCUCAGGUGUGUUACUCGAUGGACUAGACGUUUGUUCGCUAUACCGUAUCGUACGUAAAUGUGGACGCUUCGGUGCCGGGCGCGCCCAGUCCCAGAGAAUCUCGCACUAAGAUAAAAUAUUGUGUUGUCGAUUUGUGUAUAGUAUUAAUUACGAAAUUAUGUUCUGUAAUUUUAACGAGACUAAGUAUAUAAAUUAGAUAACGAUUCCUGAUAUUAAUAAUGUCUAGUUAUAGUGCUGAUUAUGUAUUUGAAAUUUAUUUAAGUACGAAUUACGAAAUAUUAAAGACGUCACCGAUGAAUUAUAGUUUCUAGAUAGUUUAUUAAAAAUAAAUUUUGUAAAAUAUUUUGUGAGACUGCUUAUUGUUGUAUUCGUAUCGCUGUUCGGAGGGUGGAGUAGUCUUAAUCAGUUAACUUUUAUUUUCGUUACCAAAUUGUUGAACGACUCGGGUUGCUUUGGUGGCAGUUAUAGAUAUAUGUGCGUGAGGAUCGUCCCCUCGCGGCCCGCGCCGACUAACAGAUGAGCCAACACCUAGCCAGCUUGCUACGUACUACCUAUCACUACCAUCGACGCAUCGCAUAUAUAUACAUAAGCAAAUAUAGAAAUCACAUUAUGAUCAAAUAUUUAUUACUGUUUAAUUUCUUAUUUCAUAAUUCGUAAAUUUUGUUAUUUAAAUUAUGGAUUUCUGACAAAGCUUUAACUCGGUUCCAGUAGAAUUAUACAUUAAGUUACUGUUAUGACUUUUUUAAAUAUUGAAGUUGAUGUUAUAAUCAAUUAAUUAGGUAAUUUGGGCAAGUGCAUUAAUAUUGUCCUCUAUUGAUCAUUGUACUGUUCGCUUAAGCCUGUCUAUUACUUUUUAUUUUUGUUUUAGUUGAAUAUUUUAUUAUUUAUUUAUACACGAGUAUGACUACAAUCUAUUAUAAUCGUAUUUUCUCUACAUCGAAAUGUUUGUGUACUGUAGGUACUGUUUUGUUUGAAAUUAUUUGGAAUAUCAUCUAGUGAUCGAUGUGGAAUCAUCCCAGUCUUAGAAUAUCAUCUUUGUACUAUUUAGCUACCUAUUUUAUAUCUAUGUACCUAAUAAAUGUUUUAUUGUAAACUUAGUAGUUUACUCCUCGGAUCUAAUUCAUUAAAUCUGUAUUGUCCCGUAAUGAUAUAGUGAAUUAAAAUUAGGUGUUUUUGUACAAAAAGGCGACCUCGUCUAGGUAACCGAAUUUCUAUCUAAAUGAGGAGCGAGGCAUCUAAUGAACCUUUGCUGGAACUUAGACGAAUGGAAGACUAAUGUAAGCGAAUAUGACAUUUUGAAGCAUUAUCUAUCUAUUGUAUAUCGGAAUAUGGAUCCUAUUAUUUGUUUUAGAUAGUUUAUCUGAAAAGCAACACCAACAGCGCUCAAUCUCGUUCAGUUGCCCCAAUCUUCUCUUGUAUAUCGAUUCGGCGAAGUACUUAGUACCACGGUUUAAUUGAACACUCCCAACGUUCACAAUGUACAAUAACGAUAGAUUUGCUUUUCAGAUAAAAAAACGAACAGAAAAGCUUUCUGACUUUGUAUUAUUCAACGAUUUCAGUAGAUACUACGAUUAGAACCAUACUUACCUAAACUAUAUAAUUGUAAUAAUUAAAGGUCUCGUAAUUAUUAUUGUACAGUUAAAUUAAUGUAGUUAAUCACGCCAGAAAAUGUGAGGUUUUGUUAAGUAUAAUGUAUAAUUAAACAUGAAUGUGCUCUCCACAGUUUUAUGACGAAUUUAGAAGAGAAUGUAUGAAAGGGGAAAAAAUUAAAUAUUUCGUCGUGUCCUGGUCAUUUUUUCUUUUGUAACCCUCUUUAGUUUUCUCCUUAUUAAAUGUAGUUGUCGAUCAGCUAGCACGGAUCGCUUGUUGAUUGGCUAACAUUCAAUCUGACGUAGACUGGUGUAAGAUAACAAUCACUAGAUAAAAUUCAAAUAAAUUGAUACCACAACA